CACACACAGUGCUGCAGUCACGGAUCUCACCUGUCUCUGCUCAGUGAGGAGUGUUCUGGACUUUGCUGUUCACUCAGUCUGACACCAUACAGCAGCUCACAGCUACUACAUAAGUCCCCCUCUAACGGUCAGAACAGUGAACACUCAGAGGAUUCCCACUACAACUCAGAGGAGAGCCUGCACAGUCCGUUACACAGUGCUAAGGAAAUAAACCGUCUCUCCACCUUCCCAUUCCCUCCUCACAUGAACUCCAUCAACCGACGAGUCAACACUGAGUUCGAUUUGGAUUCAUGGGGCAGUGAUGACGCAGAACACAUCACAGACACUGAAUCAUCACUAUGGGAUUCAUGCAGUUCUCUACGGUCCUACUUCGUACCUCCUGAUCUACCAAAUAUACAACACACACUGGAAUCAGAGCCUACACCUUCCUCUCCAACCAGUAAGACAAGUCUGGCUGAUGACAUCACGGUUGUCGGGGGCAACCGUACAGGUAUCUUUGUGCAGACGGUCAGAGCGGGAUCAGCAGCGGAGAGGUGUGGCCUCAGAGAGGGGAGUGAGCUAAUACAGUUGGAGGAGCUGAUGUUUUCAGGAGGUGGUGUGGAUCUCACUCAGUGUACAGCAGAAGUUGCUCACUUCACCCUGCAGUGGUGGACAGAACCCAAGGCCCUAAAACACACGGUUAAUGAAGAGGGUUACACUCGUUUAAGCAGUGAGCUCUCCUCUCCUUCGUUCACUGGUUCUGACUCGUUCUAUGUUCGUGUAAACCUCGACCUCUUCCUGCACACCGAACAGCCGAGUCUUCAUGUCUCCUGUAACGACAUCCUGCAUGUUACAGACACCAGGUACAACGGCAAGUACCAGUGGCGCUGCACGCGUGUGGACACACACUCCGCUAAACCACUGCAGCACGGAGCUGUACCCAACUACAAUAGAGCUCAACAGUUACUGCUGGUGAAACUACGCACCAUCGCACUGCAACAGCAAGAUAAGAAGAAGAAAUUCCGUAAGAAGGUUUCUGAGCGUGUGCGGUUGGUGAAGGCCAUCUCUCCAAAAUGUAGAGGGAUUGGCUCCGCCUCUUCAGUGCUCUACACACUCAGUAACCGUCAGGAGGAACACCUGAUACCCUACAGUAUGGUACAGCCUGUGCAGGUGGAAGGUAAAAGGCCUGUUAUUUUCUCUCCUUCUGUUCUCGCUCAUGGCCUCAUUGAGAGAUUACUGCAACCUGCAGAUUCAGGACUGCACUUUAACACCUGCCCUCCAGAGCCGAUACCAGCGAGUGAGCGUAAUGAUAAGAGUGUGUUUUUGUUGGAUCACACACACACCCCCGAUCACACACUCGGCAUCAGACUACAGAGCAUCCAGGAGGUGAUAAAGCAGGAUAAACACUGUUUGCUCCAGCUGAGUGUGAGCAGUGUUGAAGCUUUACUGAAGCAGGAUGUUUAUCCCAUCAUCAUCCACAUCAAGCCUAAAGACAAGAAGGGCAGGAAGUUCCGUAAGCUGCUGUCGUGUUUAGGGGAUGGUGACGUGAUGGAGGUUGUGCGGGUGGAGGAGCUGCAGCUGGAGACUCUGCCUCUGAUGUUCAGCACCCUGCAGCCGAGCGACUGGAGCUGCACUGACGAGCUGAUCCACACCGUCCGCCACACCAUCCACAGCCAGCAGGGGGCACUCGCCUGGCUCGAGAUGGACAGGAUAGACCUGUAAUAAAGUAUGUUAGAGAUUUAAGGAAAAGCCUCUGGAGUACUACAGUUAAAACUACUACAAUAAUCCACUGUGAAAAUACACACAACUAUUAAAUACAAACUUAAUAAAAAUACAACUUAGAUUUUACACACAAACACACUCUUACUAACAGAAAUAUUAAAUAACGUGUGUGUGUGGGUUGGUUGGUUGUGGGUGUGUGUGGUUGUGUGUUGAAACUCCUCUUUAAUAAACAUUAUUUUGAUUUUAAACCUUUCACCUUUUAUUCCUGAUAUAAAUGUAGUGAUUAAGUAUUAAAGUGCUGCAUGAAUGAGUUACAGAUCUGUUUAUUCCCCUGUGUGUUUUAAUGAUUUUUUUUUUUGUAUUAAUCAA